AUGACCAUUCCAACAGGCCCGUCCAAACUCGGCAUGCACCUCAUCGCCAUCCCAGCCGCCGUCUCCCUCAUCAUCUUCCUGGGCUACAGCUCACAAUGGCUCUUCCACACGGCCUCGUCCCUCGAACCGGGGCCGCUCUCCACCACCGAAUCCGUCGUUUUCAACACCCUCCUCGGCUGCCUUUGGCUGUCCUACUUCCGAGCAUGCAUAACCAACCCCGGCCGCUACGUCUUUGACAACCCCGGCGCAUCCGACGAAGAGUCCAAAACAGCGCCAAAAUCAACAACCGCACCCACUCAGUCCUCCGAGGCUGCCAACGUGCCCGAGCGCCCCGGUUCUUCCUCAUCCUCGGGCUCCUCCUCUCACUCACCAACGGCCGGCGUACGCUGGUGCCGUAAAUGCGACGCCCCAAAGCCGGCCCGUUCCCAUCACUGCCGCCACUGCCGACGGUGUAUCCCCAAGAUGGACCACCACUGCCCCUGGACCGGCAACUGUGUGUCCAUGCAGACCUUCCCACACUUUUUGCGCUUCGUCGUCUUCACCAACCUCUCAUUGUGGAUGGCCGCGUACCUAAUCGGCCGCCGCUUCUAUUUUUUGUAUGCCCAGCGCUACCUGCCGGCCUACCUAGGCCCGACUCUGGCGCAGCUGAUCCACCUAACCAUUCUCGGCCUCGUCUGCGCCGGCACCACCCUUGCGUUGUCCAUCAUGCUGUACACUACCCUGCAUUCGUGGAUGUUCAACGCCACAAUGAUUGAGGGCUGGGAGAUCGAGCGUCACGAGGCUGUUGUGGACCGCUACAGCUCCACCAAUGCGGACGGCAGCUGGUGGGACGACGAUGACGAGGACGGCGAUGAGGAUGAGGAUGAGCACGAUGCUUACGGCGGCAAUGACAACAAGACCGAGGACGGCAAUAGCGAUGAUGAAGAUCGCACCGCCAGGCGCGAACGAAAAGCCCGCAAGGCCGCCGCCCUUCGUAUGCGCGUCGAGUUCCCCUACGAUCUCGGCAUCUUUAACAACAUGGCGCAGGCCAUGGGCACCCGCAAUUUCCUAUUAUGGUUUGUGCCCUUUGCCAGUGGUCCCAAGAUCGCCACCGGCCGCAGCGCCUCCGGUGCCGGCUGGGACUGGCCAGAAAACGGCUUCAAUGAACGCACGGGGAUGUGGCCGCCGCCCGACCCAGAGAAGCUGCGCCAUGCGGCCGCGCAGGGCAACUGGGCCGCCACCGGCACUGGCGGUCCCAAUUAUGGGGCUUCCAUGUCUACGGCCUUUGCUUCUGGCCGUGACGACGGCAUCCGGCAGUGGGGCACGCCUGAAGAAGAGAAGGCUGCCUUCCAGGCCCGCCAGGAAGCCGAUUUCCGGAGGCGACGCACGCAGAUCACUGGGCCUGUUCGCCAGGUCGGGUCCGACGACGAGUUUGAACAGGGCAUGGACGGCGAGCCGGGCUGGACCAACGCGGACGGUGACCGCUUGCGAGACUAUGGCGUGGACGAAGAGGCCGAGAACGAUGAGGAUGUGCCCAUUGCGACACUUCUACAGCAGCGGGAUGCUAAAGCAAAAAUCGGUGCAGUGGCGGCUCAGAGCAAAAAGAAGCGGUGA